UGGUACUGCCGUAGCUCAUAGCUUCUAAGUGAGUAAUGCAGAUGCUGUACGGUAUGCUGUUAACAAAUCAGUUUCUUCCGUGCGGGCCCGGUUGCUGUGCUAAUUUUCCGAUGCUUUAUGCAGCCAAUUGCCUUCCCUUUCGUACUGUUGCCGCCUGAAUGUGGCUUUUUCGCCACUGGAGCUCGACUGGUGUGUCUGCCCACUGCCCACUGCCCAAUAUUCUCGAUCAGUUAUCUAAGCCGUUGCUUACGAAACAAAAGAGAAAACCGAAGACAAAUAAAUGCAAAGUGGGAAAUAGAGGUGACAACGUGACAACCAACCUUCCCCAGCAAUAAAGUACUGGCAACUGCUUUCACCUUUCAAGGAAGCUCAUCAUCUCUCGCUCCCUUCUCAAUCACCUCAGUUAGUCGGUGCUGCUACCCCCACCUCAGACUUUUUUAUUAAAACAAACUCUUGUUUCAUUCAGCCAUCCAUCCAUCCAUCCAUCCAACUUUUGUACAAUGAGUGCCAUUUCGUUUUCCUGUUGCCUUGCCAACACGGCACCCAACUCUUGUCUCGCCCUUCAUCAUCAUGACGAUCUGGAGCGAAUGGAGACGAGUGACAGUCUUCCUCCUCCUCCUCCUGCUUCCUCUUCUUGUGUUGAAGAUGGCAACAACAACACUACUAAGGUUGUACUACCUUCAACCUGUGACUGUGACGAGAUUGCUCAAUUCAACAACGCGGGUGUGUCUCUCUUGGAACAAGGUCGACGAACCGAAGCAGCUAACAACUUUUUGCGGGCCCUGUGGCAGUUGGAACACCAACAGCAGCAGCAAGACCAAACGACGAGCUGCUGCAAUGCCAUUAUCAGCAGCAGCCAUCUUCUCUCCUCGACCAUCACGCCUGUUGCAAGCACCACUACUACUACUACUGCCCCCGAUACAGCAGCAUCAUCAUCGAUUCCACGGGAACGCGCCUUGCCGUCGUGCUACAUUUUUCAACGAGAAGACUACGACGAAGGCCUUCACGUCUAUCAAGAUGCUCUUCCCAUCCUCUCCUCCCAAGUGCACCAGCAAGUGGUGACGCUUCGCUACAACAUGGGACUCAUCUACGUGGGCUACAAGCAGUACAAUCAAGCGCGUCGAUGGUUCCAAAUGGCCUGGAACUUGCUCCAACAAUACCAACCCGCAGAUGAGCAACAACAUCUCCUCCAACUCUACAUUCUCCACAACUUGGGAUAUUGCUCCUACUGUUUGGGACUCAAUCCCGAAGCGAUGCAGUUCUAUCAAGAUGCCUUGGCCGUACUGACAACGUCUACUGGCAGCGCGACCAUGAUGGACCGCGCGGCGGCGUACAAUUGCAUUGCCGUACUCCUCUUUCACCGUAGCAGUGCCCAAGAGAACGACUCGGAAGAAGCCUUGACAUUGCUCCAAGAAAGCUUGAACAUUUAUCAAGCUAACACUAUUGUGUCGAGUUGUCGUCGCCAAGUCGCCACGGUUCUGGGAAACAUGGGACGCAUUCAUUUUCUCACCAGUGAUCAUGAAAUGGCCAUGAACGCAUUCCACAAGGCAUAUCACAUUCGAAAACAACUACUGGGCGAUGACUCGAUGGAUACGGCCGCCAUGUUGUUCAAUCUCGGCCAAAGUUUGCACUAUCGGGGUGCCUUGGAACCUGCUCUCGAAGCUUAUCGAGAAUUCUUAAGGGUGGCCAGUGGUCACUAUGGCAGUGCUACACAUCGCGACAUUUGUGCCGUCCAACGGGCCAUGGCACAAGUCCAUCGACAACAGGGACAACUCGACGAGGCGUGCACACUGCUGCGGCGAGCAUUCCAGGCCGGAUGUGGCGCCGUCGGACCGUUGGAGACGGAAGUCUCUUGUAUUCUAUCGGAAAUGGGAUCCCUCUAUGCCGAACGAAACGAUUAUACCAAUGCCAUUGAUUGCUUCUUGCACUUUUUGCAGACGCAAGAAACACUCUUCAAAGAUACACAGCCCCUUCAUGCCAACAUUUUGAUUACCAAAAUCAACAUUGCUCGAGUAUACAAGCACAAUACCGACUAUGUGUCGGCACUCCGGUAUUACAAGGAAGUGCAUGCCAUGCAAGUACAAAUACUCGCCAACAACAAGAGUACUAGCAACAGCAACACCCAUGGAACACCCACUCCUCCCGUGAGCAGUUUGGAAGUGGCGUCGACGCUCUCCAGCAUGGGACUCAUGUUGUAUCUCUUGCAAGCCUACAAACCAGCAUUGGACUGCUACCAAGAAGCUCUACGAGUCCGAUUGGAAAAACUUGGCACGAGUCAGCAUGCAGAUGUCGCCGAAACCAUCAAUUCCAUUGGUUUGGUCCUCUUCAAGUUGGGUAUGAUGGACAUGGCCAAGGAGGCCUUUCAAGAAUGCAUCCAACUGCGAACCAAGCUAUUGUUGCUGCAGCAACAGCAACAAAAUGAAACCAAAUUGCUCUCCUCGUCGUCAUCCUCCAAAGAAAUUGCCGUCCUCAUGUUCAAUUUGGCCACUUCCUGUAUGCAAAACGGAGAAGAGGAACAAGGCAUUGAAUGGUACUGCGAAUCUCUACGCGUCGAGCGACAAGUCUUGGGCAACCAUCAUCCCGAUGUCAGCAUGACACUGCAGCACAUUGCUCGUGUACACGAAGAACGAGGUGACUUUGAAUCGGCCAUUGACUACUUUCGACAAGCCUUGGAGAUUGCCAAGAGCAACCACAACAAUCAAGGAGAAACGGUGGUGCGUCUCUUGCGUGUCAUUGGCAACCUCCAUUUCAUGCUAGGAGAGGUUCCCAAAACCAUGGUCUGCUUUGCUGAAGCGAGUCGCUUGCAGCCGCCAGAGACCAACAGCAAAGGACACGAAGGUGUCUCCAGGACGGGAGCCAAUUUUUACGGCCUUAGUAGGCUUCAUCCACCGGGUGCGCGGGCUGCCUAACUAAACUGAUAAUAAUAAGAAUGAGGUCC